AUGCAAUACGAACGCAUACAGGCCCUGGUGAAGCAAUUCCAGGAGGACAAGUACGUUCUCAGGGCCUACGGGAAGAUAUACGCCCUGAAUAGGUGCAAGGCGUAUAGGAGUGUGCGGGUCGAGGAUGUGGAGAGGCGAAGGCAGCAGGGGGGAGAAGAUGAUCACCCCGCCGAAUUGGACGGAAUUAUGCAGAUCGUGAACAAAACCCUCUACCACUACACAGACGAAACGCUAAACCAGUUCAGUGAAAACGAUGAACAGCUGGAGCAGGUAUACAGGCAGGUGGAUCAUUGCACCACCUUAUGCCAGGACCUGGAAACGGUACUCACCAACCAUAAGGAUGAAAUCACAUACAUUUCAAACGAUAUUAACAAAAUACAGACCAUGACAGACACCAUGACGUACAAACUACACAACAGGAGAAUCACACUGGAGUUGCUAAACACCUACAUCAGAAUUGUUCUAGUAACACCACAACUAAUAUGCGAUAUAUGUGAUGGACAAAUAAAUGAACAGUUCAUAGAAAAUGUGAGAAUACUAACGAGGAAGUUGGAGAAUUGUGAACACUGCUUGUUCGACACCUAUCCUAGUAUUCGCUCCUCCUAUGUGGAGCUAGUAAAGUUAAAAAAUAAAGCCAUAGACCGUAUACAUAGAUUCUUUCGUAACAGUAUUUAUGACAUCGAAUGUAGACGAAGCAAUGUGCACUUCAUACAACAACACUUGGGAAAGUUCCACGAAUUGAAUUCCUUCCUCUACAACAAUUGUAAAGAUGCCUACACCUACCUGGUGAAGGAAUACGUUGCUGUUAUGAACAGAACCUAUUACAACCUCUUCCGGAGCUACAUGCAAGAUUUGGAAAAGAAGAAGGUUCAGUUCAAUGGAGAGUUGACUGUCGGUUGGACUGACGCAUACGUCGACCCUGCCAACGGGUUCAGUGAUUUCCGCGUCGGUAGAAGCGACCCCCUCAGUGACCCCUCCAACUGGCAGACCAACCGAGGGAACUCCACAAACACGCAUGGUGAAGGGAUCAACUCAAAUCUGAGUCUUCUCUCUGCGAAGAACAAAAUGAUGAACAUGCUGGGUUUUGGCUCCAAGGGGGAUGCAACAUCGCAAGACAGGAAGGAAAGUCUUUUUCCUCUCAACAACCGGACGGGCGUUCUGCGUGACUUGGCCUACUACCCGGGGGAAGGGGUGCCCCCCACUGGGGAAACGUCAACCGGGGAAACACCCACCAAUCAGCAUCCCCCCGAAGAGCAUCCCCCCGGAGUAGCCGCCCUGCCCAUUAUCUUCACCACAGACAGCCGCCCCCACUUCUUCGAAUCCAUUUACAAAUCUUUUAGUAAGCUCUUCGUAGACACAGGAACGGCGGAAUACCUUUUCCUCUCCAACUUUUUUCGCAACUAUGACAGUCACGACUUCUUGUUCCUCUACGUCUAUGCGAAGACGCUGACCCUUCACUUCGACUUCAUGUAUUACUACCUUAGCGAAACCUUCGACUUUAUUGCCCUCUUCUGUAUUUAUAUGAUUAACCUGAACAACGGAUGCCUGACCAAAAAGAGGGGUAUCUCCCCCUUGUAUGAAUUUAUUAACCGGAUUCAGAACCUCAUUUGGAACAGGAUCGACUACAUCGUUAGUGAGAACGUCCAGUCGGUCACCGUCAACCAUGGGGAGGUGAACCGCUGGAAGAUGAACCACCGCAUGGCCGAGCAGAGGAGCAGCCCCCUUAACCACCCAAACCAGAAAAAUAGUCUAUACAAUUUUUUCCACCUUAACAGUGCACAAACGGAGGGUGCGUCCAGUGGGUAUGCCCUCCAAGGGGGCAAUACUGUUAAGGGAACCUCUCCUGAUGGGGGGUUCACCACGUCUUCAUAUAACCAUUUCAGUUCAACAGAAGAAGCGGCCCCCAUGCGAAACGCUUCUCUGCAAUAUUCCUGUCCUAACGAGGAAAGUAGCCAAUUGGACAAACGUACUAAAGACGAUGGCGCUCCCCCCUACCGUCACAUACAUCCCAUAGUUAAAAGAAUUGCAGACUUCUACUGCUCCCUAGUUGUUCUCACGAAAUUGUCUUUCCAUUUCGAGAAACAGCACCACGUGCGAAUGUGUUGCGGCGUGCUCUCAUCCGGUCAGAGGGGAAGCCCACAAGAAAAGAAGGCUGCCCCUAGCACAACUACUUUGUGUGACCACCCCGGGGAAGAGCUUCCCAAUGGGGGAGAACCCAUCCCAACAGACCACGAUAGAGGGAAAAAACCAAGUGACGAAACGGACAACCAAGUUGUGUUAAAUGACGGUGGGAAGGAACCCCCCCAGAAGGAACCACCCCAAACGGAGCAGCAAACGGAGCAGCAAACGGAGCAGCAAACGAAGCAGCAAACGAAAGGGGAUCACACCAUUGAAGAAAAAUACAAGCACCUAAAUGACCUCAUCAGAACGUUAGAAGAAAACAUAAUCGACGUUUUAUCUGUCUAUAAAAACCAGUUUGCACAAACGAAAGAGCAGCUCCUCUUUCUCAUUAACAACUACUGCCACAUGGUAGACGUCAUGAAGCACAACUCAAUGGACGAGGAAAAGAUAGACCGCUUCGACAAACUGCUAAACAAAGAAAUCAAUGCGUAUGUAGAAUACCAGCUGAAUCACUAUAUAACGGAUUUGAUUCUGUUUGUCUGUAAACAUGAACAGAUAGUCGACAAGCUGAAGAAAGAUGGCCACCAUCCCAGUGAUUUCACAUCUGAAGUAGAUGUAAAACUAAUGGAAUCUGUGGCGAUUGAGUUUACCAAAAAUUGGAAGAACCUUUUUAAAAACAUCAAACAGGAAGUUACCCUCUCUUUUACCCAUAACGACACUUCAGCACAUGUAGUAAAAACUCUGAACACACAGAUUCUGUUGUACUUCACCAGAUUCCAUCACCUACUCAAGGGGUUCUUCGCCCACGUCCAGCCACCCCCCUGCAUUGAGAACCUGCCCUCCGUUGAUGUCGUCCUCGUGCAGAUUAAGAAGGACGCCAAGGGGGGCAUGAACUAG